GAGGAGCGCGCGCGAGCUGCUGCAUCAACUUUUCUCCGCUGUUUACGACAGAACCUGCAGUCGCCUGCACGGGACGGGAGCGAGUCUGUGGAGUUACGUGGACUUGGACACUUUGCACGGGCCUGCAGGAGGAUAACUGCAUCACAGAUGCAUGUCACCACCGAUUACAAGUGCACGCUGGCACAUAAAAGACCUUGUGAGCUGUCCCUGUGAUCUGUGCUAUCAAGGAAAUUCCUCAUUCCUCCAGGGUCACCUCAGCAGUCCUCUCUGUCCUACAUGUUAUUUGACUUGAAACUUGAGCAAAACAAGGGACAAAACAAGAACAAGAUGGACAAGGGAUUUGCGAUGUCUACAGAAGAAAAUGAGUUGCAGGUCAAAGCUUCAGUUCUGGCUCUGUGUGCUUCGCCUCCACCCUCUGGGAGCAGAACCAACAGAGAAACUCCACAGUCAACUGACAGCCAGGACGUCCUGCGAUACUCGGACCAAUUUUGGCAGUCAGAAUCAUCCCAAAGUAGCCCUUCACUUCUCUUAUAUAGGAAGUUGUCAAGUGACAGUGGGAAUGGAACAAUUUUGGAUGUAGAAUACGAGUGUUUGGAUUACAACAUAAAACUCUUGAGUAAGGAAGACAAGGCUUAUAUUGGCAAGAGAACUAAAGAGAAUUCAGUGUCUCCGAUACAUGGGAAAGGUUUGGAAGACUUUUCAUGCCAGCGUGACACCCUGAGUGGCAGUGUGGAACCAAACAGGGACACAACAGGCAGCACCCGCAGUUCAUCCAGCCUUUACACAAGUCCAACCUCCAACUGUUUCCACAGUCAUGCAUCCAGUCCAAGCCCCAGCUGCAGCCUUGUUCGCAGCCCCACUCGGCUCAACCGGUGCCACAUGCGCCGCUGUAGUCUGCCCGCAUCUGUGCUGGCUUCCUCCCUCAAGACAUCUCCAAACUUCUCUUCUCAAGACAGUCCUUCCAAUGACCCCAGCUCUCUUGUGUCCUCUCCCUCUAUCUCCCCUCACCCAAAACGCCGCCAGCAUCCCCGAAAUGGACACCUCAGCCAAUACACCAUCAAAGAUGGUUACUCAAGUUUAGAGAGGCUGAACAGAAGGUCUAGGGUGAACAAAUGCUUGUUGGAGAGACUUUUCCCACUACAGGCUUCUCUGGAAUCCAUAACAACCCUGGGGCAUGAUGGGAGGUUGUCUUUGGGAGUGACCAGGAGUUGCAGUGCGAGCGGCAACAGUGAUGAGGGAGAAGAAGAAGGUUUCUUAGAUACAACAGAGUUUGACAGGAACCGUAAACAACGUUCCACGGUCCUUGUGAGACGGUUCUUUAAGAACAAUCAGAAGGUGACCAAGUCAGUUUGUACGGGGACUAGAGCUAUUGUCAGGGCACUGCCAUCGGGUCGCAUCUCAGAGGAGGUUGUUUGCCAGAGGACGUGUCAGCCCAGCCAGAAGGACCUGUGGCCAGUCCUAAUGCAUGGUGCAGGAGAAGACUUCAGACUCUGCAGAGAUUUGCUGCGCUUUGUUGGAGUGAAACUACAGAGGGUUAUCAGUAAUGCACAGGAUGGAGAGAAGGUCAACCUAAUUCAUCCGGCCAAAAAGCUUCUGCUUUCCUGCCCUGGAUGUGUGCAUCUUAGGAAGACUUGCUGGCCCCUGCACACUGCCAUCCCUGACCCAACCACCCUCAGUUUGGACCCCCAGCUUAGUCCUUGGUGUUUACAUCCAUCUCAUCCAAUUAGGCUUUUUCGUGCUUGUGGCCAGAGGACAUCUGUGUGUUCCCUGCUGACAGGAGCACUACUAGAUGCCACAGUUGCUCUUGGUUCACGCUGUGCUCUACUGCCUGUACUGCAAGUCCCCAGCAGCCAUUGUGUGCUAAAAGAGCGUCAGCUGGCCAACAGUAUGAACAGCAGCAGCUCCCUUCCUCCCAACAUCAGCGGGAUCAGUAAGGAGCUGGCGGAGCUUCGCCACCUUGUUCAGUUCCCUGAGGAGAUUGCUUGUAUUCUUACCGAGCAGGAGCAGCAGCUGUACCAACGGGUCUUUCCAUUGGACUACCUCUGUUUCCUUACUCGAGACCUGAGCAGUCUCGAGUGUCACACCAGACGCCACCCUGACCUCAAGGCCUCGCUGUCAGCACCCGCAAUGCCCACUAGCAGUGCACAGCGACGGAACGCUGUGGAGGACCUGGUGGCACGGUUCAACGAGGUGAGUUCUUGGGUGACGUGGCUGAUCCUGACUGCUGGUUCCAUGGAGGAGAAGAGGGAGGUUUUCUCCUACCUGGUCCAUGUGGCUAAAUGCUGUUGGAACAUGGGAAAUUAUAAUGGCGUCAUGGAGUUCCUGGCAGGACUCAGGUCAAGGAAGGUGCUGAAGAUGUGGCAGUUUAUGGACCAGUCUGACAUCGAAACAAUGAGAGGCCUGAAGGAUGCCAUGGCACAGCACGAGUUGUCAUCUGAAUACAAAAAGCUUAUCACCAGGGCUCUCAACAUCCCAGGAUGCAAGGUGAUACCAUUCUGUGGAGUUUUUCUGAAGGAGCUGAGUGACGCGUUGGAUGGAUCAUCAAGCAUCAUUAGCCUUAAGCCACCUGUAUAUAACACUGAAGACUCCCUGGAGUUCGUCUCUAACUACGGCGGGCAGCACAACUUUAUGUUGCGAUCGGGUCCAGAUGGUCUUCACGCCCCAGACAAAGAGGCGACUGUCAAUAAUAUUCUUCAGAUUAUCAGGUCUUGUAAUCGUAGUUUGGAGAUCGAGGACCUCGAUGACUCACCCACAAGUCCUCCUUCUGGUCCACCUUCUCACACAUUCAGAAACAACUCUCUCAGGGACCGGAGCCUCAGUCAGUUUAUGGUAGGUGAUCUGUCUGAUUCCGAGGGUGAUCUGUCAUCUGAGUCUGUGGUGAAGGAAGUGGAGUUUCAGGGGACUGAGGAGACGCACCGGGCUUUCAGCCACGGCACGGAACUGAUUCCCUGGUACGUACUGUCACUGCAGCCGGACGUGCACCAGUUUCUGCUGCAGGGAGUGACAGUUAUACACUACGACAAGGACAGCCACCUGACAGCUCGCUGUCUGCUGCGACUGCAGCCCGACAACACAACGCUCACCUGGGGUAAACCUCAGAGUGGAGCGACCGCCUCCACCGAGACACCGCUGGGACUGGGACACACUGUGGUCGCCGGACUUGCAGAAGGCCUCCUGGAUUUGGCAGUUGUGAAGGCCGUGUUUAUGGGGCACCAAGGUGUGGACAUCCACGCGGUGUGUUUGCAGAACAAGCUGAGCUCAUUGACUGUGGAGGAGAACGGUCUCAGUCUCCUCUACGGGAUCAGUACCACUGACAACAGGCUCGUGCACUUUGUGGCUCCAAACCACACAGUGCGAGUGCUUCACAAGGGCCUGUCAGAACUGGUGAAUGCAACCAGGAAAUUAAAGAAGUUUCCCGAUCAGAGGCUGCAGUGGCUGAGGAGGCAGUACGUCAGCCUGUAUCAGGAGGAUGCCAGGUACGAAGGGCCGACUCUAGCUCAGGCUAUUGAGCUGUUUGGCGGAAGGAGGUGGAACAUGGGUACAGCAGGAGUCGAAAAACCGGCCACUCAGAAAAACAGCAUCAAUGAUAAGGCCAAAAAGAAGAAGAAAGUCCUUGUCAGGGGCGACAGCGGAGAUGCCACAGAUGAUGAGAUGGUUUCCAGGAAAACACGGAGCUGUAAGGAGAGUCUUUAUCGGAAUGGCCCAGAGUCUGACAGCAUUGACCAGGAAGAGCCAGAGGAGAGUUUGUCUGGGCCAAUCUCCCUUUCAUUCAGUAAGAACUCAGGAUUGCUGGCAUCCUCCUCCUCCUCUUCGUCUUCCUCCAGUAUGACGGGCUCCAUCCAGUCCCGACCCCAGUCCUCCCCGGUCCUGACAGCAACUUCCAAGUCGCCGCCAGGGGCAUGGAGCAGCAGGUCAUGGCACGGACGAGGAAAAGGAUGUUUCAAAGGCUUCCAGAAUCUCAUGAUUUCUGACAGCACAAUGAGCUUCAUUGAGUUUGUUGAGCUCUUUAAAUCAUUCAGUAUCCGGAGUAGGAAGGACCUGAAGGAACUGUUUGAUACUUUUGCUGUCCCUUGUAGUCGUUCAAGUUUAGAGUCUGCUCCUCUGUACACCAACCUCAGGAUUGAUGACAAGGACACCGGACUGCAACCAGACCUUGAUUUGCUAACGCGUAACGGAUCUGAUCUUGGCCUCUUUAUCCGGACGAGGCAGCAGAUGUCUGACAACCAGAAACAGAUCUCAGACGCCAUUGCAGCAGCCAGCAUUGUAACCAACAGUACAGGAGUUGAGAAUGCAUCGCUCGGCGUGCUGGGAUUGGCCAUCCCUCAGCUCAAUGACUUUUUAGUCAACUGUCAAAGAGAACAUCUCAGCUAUGAUGAGAUCCUCAGCAUCAUUCAGAAAUUUGAGCCAUCAUCAAGCAUGAGACAAAUGGGCUGGAUGUCUUUUGAAGGCUUUGCAAGAUACCUGAUGGAUAAGCAGAAUUUUGCAUCUCGCAAUGAGGAAUCUGAGAUGAGCCCAGAGGAGCUACAGUACCCUCUGUCCUACUAUUACAUCGAGUCUUCUCAUAACACCUAUUUAACUGGGCACCAACUCAAAGGAGAGUCCUCCGUUGAACUUUACAGUCAGGUGCUGUUACAAGGCUGCAGGAGCAUUGAGUUGGACUGUUGGGAUGGAGAUGAUGGUAUGCCAGUUAUCUACCAUGGACACACUCUUACCACCAAGAUACCCUUCAAGGAUGUGGUGGAAGCAAUUAACCGGUCUGCAUUUGUGAUUUCUGAUAUGCCCGUCAUCCUGUCCAUCGAGAACCACUGCUCCCUUCCACAACAACGCAAGAUGGCAGAGAUCUUCAAGACGGUGUUUGGGGAACGUCUGGUGACGCGCUUCCUCUUUGAAAGUGACUUCAGUGAUGACCCUCACUUGCCAUCACCAUUUCAGCUUCAGGGGAAGAUCCUGCUCAAGAACAAGAAGCUCAAAGCUCACCAGGCACCCGUGGACAUUCUCAAACAGAAGGCUCACCAGUUAGCCCACAUGCAGGUUCAGUCAAGCAACGGGUCUUCACCUGGCAACAACACCAAUGAAGAAGAGGAAGAGGAGGAAGACGAGUACGAUUAUGACUAUGAGUCUCUAUCAGACGCUGAUGUCCUCACUGCAUCUACUGCCUCCUUUGGCCUGGAAGAUAACAUCUUGGAUGACAAACCAGAGGUGAAGAGCUCAGCAGACAAGGAAGAACAACCUGUUGAUGAAAUGCCCAAAAAGAUGAAAAAGAGUGACAGUACUACACAGAGUAAAGGAAAGGUGUUUGACAUGGAGCUGGGUGAGGAGUUUUAUCUUCCACAGAACAAGAAGGAGAGUCGACAGAUUGCACAGGAGCUGUCCGACCUCGUCAUCUACUGCCAGGCCGUGAAAUUCCCUGGCCUGUCCACGCCAUCGCUGCCGGGCUCUGGCAGAGGGAAGGAUCGAGGAAAGAGCAGGAAGUCCAUAUUUGGCACAGCUCCCGCACGCUGCAGCACAACAGGAGAGGUCACGACCCUGAGCCGCACCCCUGGGAAAGGUGGCGCUGAGCGCCUGAGCUGGGAGGAGCAGCAGUCGUCUCCCAUCCUCAGCUCCUCCACCUCUCUCAGCGCUAUCAUCCGCACACCCAAGUGCUACCACAUCUCCUCCGUUAACGAGAACGCCGCCAAGCGACUGUGCCGUCGAUACUCUCAGAAGCUGAUCCAGCACACGGCAUGCCAGCUGCUCAGGACUUACCCCGCCGCUACCAGGAUAGACUCAACGAACCCAAACCCUCUGUUGUUCUGGUUGCAUGGCAUUCAGCUGGUGGCCCUCAACUAUCAGACCGACGAUCUACCCAUGCAGCUGAACACAGCGUUAUUUGAAGCCAACGGCGGUUGUGGUUAUGUCCUGAAGCCGGCGGUGCUGUGGGACCGUAGCUGCCCUCUCUAUCAGCAGUUCUGUCCAGCAGACAGGGACGUGGAGAACAUAAGUCCGGCCAUCUAUUCUCUCACUAUUGUAUCCGGUCAGAAUGUUUGUCCGGGCAACACCGCUGGCAGUCCUUGCAUCGAGGUUGACAUUCUAGGCAUGCCCGUGGACAGCUGCCACGUCCGCACGAAACCCAUCCACCGCAACACCCUCAACCCCAUGUGGAGCGAGCGCUUUCAGUUCACCGUGCACUUUGAGGAGCUGUGCUUUUUGCGCUUUGCUGUGGUGGAGAACAACAGCUCCCAGACCACUGCACAGAGGACUCUGCCCCUCAAGGCCCUCAAACCAGGUUACAGACAUGUCCAGUUGAGGACGCAGCAUAACGAGCCACUCGAAGUGUCCACUUUAUUUAUCUACAGCAGCAGAAAUGAAGAUGGACCAGUAGGGAGCGCUACUCCUUCCUCCUUGCUGUUUAGUUCGGAGGAGAAACCUGCGUCUCAGCAGCACCGGGUGACUGUGCACCGAGCUCCCGGUCCAGAACCCUUCACCGUCUUCAAUGUCACAGAGCAGACGACUGCCAAGCAGCUAUUGGAUGCGAUUGUGGCCUCUGCAGGAAACUGGUCCGAGUACUUCCUGUGUGAGGAGAAGCUUCCUCUGUCGAAGGAGCGCAGCGAGGUGAAACGCUGCGGGCAGCAUCGCCCACUGGCGCCCGAGGAGGAGGUGAUCAGGCUGGUCCACAGCUGGCACACCGAAGAUGGAUACGUAGGAAGAAUCUGCCUCGAAACCAGAGAGGAGACUUUGGAUGAGAAGAGCACAGAGCUGGAGGGAGAGGAUGAGGUGAAGGUGGCGGGUAAAGAAGAGGUGGGCAGAGUUGGAGGCGGAACAGAGGAGGACAUGUUUUUUGUCCAGGUCCAUGAGGUUUCUCCUGAACAGCCUCACACUGUGAUCAAAACGCCACGUUACAGCACGGCGCUCGACAUCAUCCAGCAGACUCUGUCGAAGGCCAAGUACUCCUACAGCAUCCUUUCUAACCCCAACCCAUGUGACUACGUCCUGAUGGAAGAAGUGACCAAGGAGGCAGGCUCUAAGAAAUCCUGCACCGCCAAACCACUUCAGCGGGUUCUGCUGGAUCAAGAGUGCGUCUAUCAAGCUCAGAGCCGCUGGAGAGGCAGCGGGAAGUUCAUUCUUAAACUGAAGGAGCAGGUGUUGCGGGAGGACAAAAAGAAAGUCAUUUCAUUCGCCAGCGAGCUGAAGAAGUUUACUAGUCGCAGCCGCAGCAUGACCACUGGCAGCGGCACCAACCAGUCGGCGACACUGUGCCACGAUGGCGUCGCUCACAGCAAGGAUGAGAGAGCUGCAUGCUGCGUGGCUCUGACAGAGCUCCAGGAGUGAGACGGUCACACCACCUGCUGUCGUGCACAUGGAAGGCAACAGAGGGUAUCUGUCUGCGGCUGCAGGUCUGAAGGUGUGGGUGGGGGCAGGAAGGCUCCUGCCGGCCUCUUCCUCUGGACAUCAACAUGACCACCUUCCCAAUGUCUCUCUCAACCCCUGUCAUGGAAACUUCACCUUCUCAGAAACUGGAAGAUCCACAAGUGAUAUCCAGACAUUAAGAACCUCUGAACUGAGAGGGGUCACAUCUCAAAGGUGAAUUUUUUGGGGGGAUUUGAGGUCUACUGUGGUUGUGAGCUCGGAUAUGUUCCUCCAACUCCAGAUGUUGUCAAGUUGCAGCAAAGUUCAGUUCCUGUGUCAGAUGCUCCACCCCUUUGUUUGGGCAUUUCGUUCAGUCAGGUUGUGUGAUCGGACAUAUUCAUCAGAGAAGAUUCCAUAUUCAAGGUAUGGACAUGUGUACAGGUACUUAUGCCGUUUGGUUUUCUUGAAUCACCACUGAAGUGUCAAAAACACUAAAAUCAGCUGUGAUCAAAGACACAAAAAGGCUGUGUGUUUCUUGAAAAAGAGUUGAACACCCCUAAAUCACAGAAUGAUAAAAAUGUUAGCUUUACUCUUUUUCUUUAAAUAGAUCGCUGCAAAGGUCAAAGUAGAAUUAGCUGGGCAAUGGUUGAGUUGGUGAAGCACCUUCUCUGGAGAGUCGAUUACACCUUCUAUGUUUCAAAACUAUUCAUCUGUUGCCUGUGCCUACGGUGACAGUACUUAAAUGAAUAAAUACUUUUAUAAGUGACUACAAAGUAAGGACAUGGCCAAUGGAGGCAGGCUUUCUGCUUGGCAAUAAAUGGUGGUGAGCAAGGAGAGAUGUAGGAGCGCGCACGAGGCCGAGCAGCAUCAUGGAGGCUGACAAGCUGGCUUGUUGACUUCUUUUCUUUGUGGUCCAGUUUCACAGUACUGUAAAGGCACAUUUUGGUCAGCGUGAGCAGCAGAUUCUCUGCGGCAGCAAAAGUGAUCACACAUGAGCAGCACAGGCACAAUCUGCCAACUCUGGACCAUCAUUCUCUAACAUUUAUUGGUGAAUUGAACCCUUGGUGAUGCCUUAAAGUGUUUGAAGUCAGAAUUAAAUCUUCAACAGUUUCUUUUUCGCAUCUGUGAGGGUGAUCUGUGAAUUACAGAUUCCCUCAAUCUGAGGAGUAGAAGAAGAGAAGAACACCCGCCUGAAAGUCAGGAUGUUCGCUAGUCAGUCAACAUCAAUGUUCCUUGGUUGUAACCCACCGUGGUCGUCUUCUUCCAGCAUUUUGCACAUUUUCUUCUUUUUUUUUUUUGUAAAGUUCAGUGUUUUUAUAUUUUCCAUUUAAAUGUAAUCAGAUGGUCAGCAGUUAUUCCGUUAGUCCAUCAUAUUUAUUGCUUUCGUUUUCAGCCCUGUUGUGAAUUUUGUUCAAAGAAAGCACAAGUUUAUUUUUUGGGCGUGACUAUUUGUUGUCGUAAUGUGAUUUGUUUUUCUGAGCCUGCCCUUGAAAUUUUCCCCCCAAAUUGUUGUGAAAACAGAAUGAACCGCUUUACAUUUCACUUAUUGCUCAAGUAUUUUCUACACAUUUUUUACAGAUUGACUGUUACCACUUUAGGUCUUUUUAUUUUAAAUUAUUGCAUAUUUCAGUUAUUUUGUCACAUUUUCCUGAAGUUUUAUUCAUUUCCAUUUUGCUGAUUUUUCCAUGUUUUUUGAUGUUUAACUUUAUUUCUGUUGUUUUUAAAAUCUUUGUGUUUCAGCAUUUCAGUUCAAAUCAUUUGCUUGUCUGGUCAUUUUUUAACGCUGAUUCAUGAAAACAAGCUUUCAGUGAAAUAUUUCAUCUUAUUAAUUCUUAAAAUGCUUUUGAAUUAAUCAGCUAAAAUAGAUUUGAAACAUAGUUUCAGUGCUACCAGGAAACAUUUUCAGCUACCAAACAUACUAAAAUGAUUUAAAAUAACUCACAACACCUUACAUGUUUGUGGUUCAGUGAUGUCAUACAUAGAUCUGUGUGGCUUUGAUGUUUAAUCAGUGCUGUAAAAUCUGAACUGCUUCAUCCUCGACUAACACAAACACUUCUGCCGUAUUUAAUUCAUAUUGGCGCCAGACUGUUUGAUUUAAAUAAUUCUGACAUCAACUUUGACUUUUCAGGGUCCACUAGAGUCAUGUGACCAAUAUAAAGGUGAUAUAUGACAUCAUUUUAGUGUUUAAUAGUAACCACUGGUGUAUAUUUAAGCAGUUCCUCAGAAUAGCCCACUAUAAUAUUACCUACAUAUGUGGAAUAGAAACAGAACGAUAUAUCGUGAUAAUCGUAUCAAUUGUCUUUUUUUUAGUAUUGGGAAGAAGCAUAAAUUAUUUCUAGAAUAUGUACAUUGGAAAAGGACAACGUUGUGGAUUAUACUCGUAGUUUAUGCCUCAGAAUAAUUUAUUUCUUUAAUGUUAAAUGUUGAUAAAAUUUCUGCAUAGUUUGAAUAAACAGAAAUGUAAUAAUAUAUUGCGAUAAGUAUCCUAUCGUGUAUCGUUACACCCCUAGUUCAGCCCAGAUUUCAACCUUGGCCUGUCUCCUUUAACACGUUUUUUUAUGAAAAUCAAAUCACUUUGACCUUGAAGAUGAUGCAGUCAUUCCAUUUAUUCUAUUUUGUUGAGAGACACAUGGGACUCAAAACAAAACCCUCCACGCUUGGGUGUAAAAACAAAACAGCAAAAAAGAGAUUUGCUUUGUGUUAUGGAUUAGUUAAAAUUUCAACUAUCUUUAGUUUUCCUGGAAUGAAAAGAAACCAAGGCUGGACUGGGAAGAAGUAAUAGUCAUAGGAUUUUUUUUUGUUUGUUUUUGUUUUAUCCACUGUUGUGGUUGUAUGUUUUUGAGAACACUUUCCUGUAUUUUACUGUCUUUGCAGAGUUAAACAUGAAAAAUGGUCGACAUUAUCCUUUAAAUUAACACAUUUUAACCUAAAGUGUGCAGCCUGUAAUUGAAAAAUGAUGCUAAAAGACCACUUUCUGUAAUUAUGAACAGUUUUAAUUUCAGACUUAAUUGUAAUUUUUUUGUGACCGUGUUCCUCAUACUGAUUUCACCUUCUUGUCUUUUGGUCUUUUAAAUUCAUCCCUGGUUCUUACUAAUUGUGUUUGCUGUCACUUCACUUCCCCUGCACGCCUUUCAACGUGCGCUCUGCUCUUCGUCUUCACUUAGAAUUAAUUCAUUAAUCAUUAACUUCUGGCCUCGAGUCGCCAUUAGAAUUAAUCACAACUGAAAUCAUUCCAGCACAAAUAUACUUUUGUCAUUAGUAACAAUUAACAUAAUUACAAGUGAUUAUUUGUGAAACCGUCACCGUGUGUCGCCAAAAACGAGGGUGAUGGUGUGAAAAUGCCGCCAUCCUUUUUUUUUCCCCCUCAAUUGAACCGUGGAGCCAUUUAUGUAAAGUAAAAACGAUAAUAUUCUGUAAAAAUCAUGCUGGAUAAAAGUGGUAAUCAGCUGAGAGGAUGGUGCAAAAUCCACACUGGAGGGAUUCAACUCAUCUUCACCAUCAUUCAGGCAUUUCAUGCUUUCAAACCUCAUUUCUGAAUGUAACGUUUGUGCAGAACCUGAUACACACGUGUGUGUUUAUGGAUGUUAUUUAUUCAAAUGUGAAGCCCUGGUUGGCAAGCGUCUGUUGUGUCUGUAUAUUUUCCUGUAGUUAUUGUACUGUUGAAAAAGAUUUUUCUUUAUUUAUUUCGGUAUGUGAGGACGUUAAACUCUUCACUGUCUAACUUUACUUGGACUUAUUUGUGUCUGUAUGUAAACAAAUAUUUCUGUGUAAAAUGUUGAGUGCAGUAUACGUAUAUGUCUGUCGUUUUGCAGUGGCAUUGUU